GCCCGGCCGCCGGGGACUCUGUGUUUCUCUCUCUCCCUCUCUCCCUCUCUGAUUGUGUGGUGGAAGCUGAGCCCCCGUCGCUGCGCGGCUGCUGGCUGCCUGUUUCCUGUGAGGGCCCGGGGGGCAGGGCAGGAGGAGAAGGGGGAAGAAGAAGAGGUAGCGGCGGAUCAUGGAUGUCGACAGACUGCAGGAGGCACUAAAAGAUUUUGAAAAGAGGGGGAAGAAGGAAGUGUGUCCGAUACUGGAUCAGUUUCUUUGUCAUGUUGCCAAGACUGGAGAGACAAUGAUUCAGUGGUCGCAGUUCAAAGGCUAUUUUAUUUUCAAAUUGGAGAAAGUGAUGGAUGACUUCAGAACUUCAGCUCCUGAGCCAAGAGGCCCUCCUAACCCCAAUGUGGAGUAUAUUCCCUUUGAGGAGAUGAAAGAACGCAUUCUGAAAAUAGUCACUGGCUUUAAUGGUAUCCCCUUUACUAUUCAGCGACUCUGUGAACUGCUGACAGACCCAAGGAGGAAUUACACAGGAACAGACAAAUUUCUCAGAGGAGUAGAAAAGAAUGUCAUGGUUGUCAGUUGUGUAUAUCCAUCUUCAGAGAAAAAUAAUUCCAAUAGUUUAAACAGGAUGAAUGGUGUAAUGUUUCCCGGAAACUCACCAAGCUAUUCUGAGAGAUCCAAUAUAAAUGGUCCUGGAACUCCUCGACCUAUAAAUCGACCAAAAGUUUCUUUGUCACCUCCUAUGACAACAAACGGUUUACCAGACAGCCCAGAGAAUAAGGAGUCAGGUCUCCCACAAGCAGAAGAGAAAAUUAACAGUGAAUCACCAGCAACUGAGCCUGAAAGAGUCCAAAGCAGUCCUGUAAAAAAUAAGCAUCCUGAAGAAGAUCCAGCGGAUGUUGAGGGGCGUGAGGUAAAAAGACUUAAAUUUGACAAAGAGAAGGAACUUGAAGAAACUUCCAACCAAAGUGAAGCUUGUUCAGCAAUGGUAGAAGAGACUGAGACAACCUCUGAAUCUCAAGAAAAAGAAAAAGAAACCACUUCGGAGAGACAGCAUUGUAAAGAGGAAGAUGAGGAGGAAGAAGAAUCCCUCAUGACACCAAGAGAAAUUAUUCCAGAAAGAAAAGAUCAAGAUAAAGACAAUGUAUCCUUAACUGUGAAAGAAGAUAUUUCUGAGGAGAAUAAUCAGAUGGAGGAAUCUGACCAGACUCAAGCAGAGAAGGACUUGCCUUCUGAAGACAGUGAAAACAGUGGAUCUGUCAGUAGCAGAGCUGACUGCAGUGACACAGAAGAAUUGGGCUCAUAUGUUAGUGAAACUCCUGAAACAGCAUUGGAGACCCCAAUGGAAAACAGCGACGAAGCCACAGAAGCUGCAGAAGAACCUAUGGAACAAGACUAAUUAUUUAAAUACACUUAGAGGCAGUAUUUUCCAUAAGGCUCUGGUUUUACACUGUAUAAAUAAUUUUAUGUAAUAAAAGUGGACCUUUAGUUUUACAAGAGAAGCAGGCUGUAAAUUGAACUUCUCAAUGCGUUAAAUCCUGAAAGAGUUGUACUUGUUACUGUGAAAUACCGACUCCUUCAGGUCCUGCUUACCGCUGAAAUUUCGGUAUGGUCAAAUCAGUGGUCUGUGUAUAGUUUUUUUAUUUAGAAUUAAAGUUUUUAAACUGGAAGGUAAUUAUAAUUUUGACAACUUUUUGGAGAUUACCACACUAAGGAUGCAAUCCUAUGCAUGUUUACACAGAAAAAAGUCUUACAAAAAUAAGUCAUGUUGGGAGUUGUAGGACUUUUUUUCUGUCUAAACAUGCAUAGAACAGCACUCUUAGUUGCUUCUCUCUCUCUUUAUUUCCCCUGAAUGCUAUAGCAGUUAUUUUCUGUUUUUGGAUACAGUUUCAACAUUAACGUGAAUUAUAGGGUUUCUAAUAGGUUUCCAGAUUUUCAUUUAACUGCAUUGUGUGCUUUAAAAAAAGCUACACAUUUUAGAUACAGUACUUGAAAACAUGCUGAUCUAAAGAAAACCUAUGUUUGCACUCUUAAGAUUAUGCCUUUUUUCUCUAAUGGAAGCAACUGAGUUCAUUUCACACAAGGCAACAUUUUCACCUCUGUAUAAACCAAAUAAAAGUGGGCCCACCUGAUAUCCUGAAGAUCCAAACACUGUUGAAAGUACCAGGUUAAAUACAUUCCAAGAGAUCUGUUCAAAUAAAACACUUUCAUACAUUUCUGAGGUGCCUGAAUGAAAGCUUUUCAUUUUAUUCCUGAGAAAAUGUGUUUUUAAGUUGAGAACAGACUUCAAAACAAUAGCUUCAGCUUUUUGUAGGGGGAAUGUUUGCAAACCUGACAAGACAAUUUCUCUGAACUGAGGCAGUUUCUGGCCUUAGAUAAUUGUUUCAAAGAAGGCCGAUCACACUGAUAACAAGACAUUGCAUCAUUGCAUACACUAUAAUUAGUUAUGUACCUUAUUUUAAUGGCUGGCUAGAAGUUGUAGGGGUGCAUUGAAUCUACCAUAAUUUGUACAUCAUUUUGAAAGUGUAGUAAAUAUUUUUUGAACAUGCUCCUUGACAGCCAGUGUUAACACUUUCUUUUCCAAAACCAGCUCAAAGCACAACGACUGCUUUAAAUUCUUCACAUUAUAUUUUUCAGACAUCGACAUGUAAAGACACUCAAGAUGCAACCUCCCAGUCGCAUUUACUGGCUGCCAAAUUUAUACCUGUUUCUUCAACUGUACUUUUUUGAUAUUUAGAAUUUUUAAAUUUCUGUAAAGUAGAUUUUUGUAGAUUGUAAAGAGUGCUCACUGCCAUUGUGAAACGGUAUAUAAUUGUAUAAUUUGUGUGUAAACUGGAUGCUUGGGCUUUCAAUACAGUAUUCAUAUAAAGCAAUAAAUAUUAAUGUUAUAAAAUGUUUGAGUACAUUUUAAUCAAAAUACAAUAGGAAUCCCUUUUUUAAGAGGUGAAGUUGCAUACUUUGAAGUACAAAAAUAACCACCAAAAUGCAUGCUAACAAUUCUUGUACUGCAUUGUGUGCUUCAUUUUGGAGAAGGGUGGGCUUCGAAUUCAACUUGUAUUCCAGAAUAAUUUGGCUGAAUUUGCAUAUUUUAAGGUGAUAAUAAACUGUGCUGUCUAUCAGGUUCAGAGCAGACAAAGAAAAUUCCUAGUGCUGUUCUGCAUAUAAGGGGAAAAAACAGUUUUUCUCAAUUAUUUCCCUUUCUGUAGCAACAGCAGGAGGGUUGGGUGUGUACAAUAAGGAUUAUGGAGAGCACUAAAACCAAAACAUAGGAAUUAGCAAAACAUUUCCAAAAAUGCAAGGCUAGAAAACAGCUUUUCUUUUACUCCUCUCCGUUGCUUUUUCUUUCUUUCUUUCUUUUUCAGGGAUAUUUUGCCAAUGAGAACAAAUUUUAAGUUUAGAGAUUUCUGAAAUUUUCUUUAGAAUGUUUGUGAAAAUAUUGUUAAUAAACCUAUUCUUUAAGCA